GCUUGUCAGUUGACAGUCGAUUUCAAUCUUUUGGUUUUCUUCACUUUUAGGCAAAACUUCUCUAAAUUCUCGUGUGUAUAUCCAAAUACAUUUUUCAAGAUGGUGAUGGAUCAGUUUGUUACCACCUACAGGAAGGACUACUUAUGGCCCUACGUGAAAACUUUAGGAAUAAGACCACAUCCAGAAACGCACCAAUUCCAACAAAGCCAGUCGAUACCAUGCGAAUGUCACAACAUCGGGGAACCCCACACUGAUCAAAACCAACAACAAAGGAACCUUCUAGCGCCGGUAGCCUACGAAGAAGAGGCCUGGAGCAGAUUGGGGCCCAUGGGGCCACUGUUGGACCCCAAAAUCUACCCGGCCAAGGUGUCUGCCGCUCCAGAAUCGCAAAUCGGCAGGUUUAACCAGCCCAACGUGUUUCUACAAAAGCUUCAAGAAAAAUAUCCAUUUAUAUACGAAUGUUUGAGAACAGCCCCGCCUGACGAUUUGUUGGCCAGAAUUAACAGGGAUCGAUUGAGAACAACCUAUCAAGUAGAUUUCUGCAAAAUGAAUGAAUACCCAUCAGGACCCUAUGACGAAUUACUGAGAGCGGCUGGUGUGGAGGGCUUACCACCUUGUUCAGAACCAAUAGCACUACCAGAAGACGUGUGCAAAAUCUACCAAAAAUCGAAAAUCACUGGAUAUGGUGGUUCCAGAAGUAGCGGAAAGAGUCAUGGAGGUACCAUUCCCACAGCCAAAGAAGCCUCCUACUGUAUUGGAAGCAGUAAAGGACCUUUAGCAACAGUAACAUCAGGAGCGACGGAGUACCAAGACGCCAUAUCCAGAUUGGGCAAUCUCAUCAUAAGGGACAGGAUACAUGACCCUAAAGUACAGAACAAGGGAUAUUUCAGCAAAUAACAGCAGCAAAAUUAGGGGAAUAGGGAAAUUUUGAAUCAAAAAUGUAUUUUUGUAUAUAUAGAUAGAUAUGAAUCUAAUGUAUUUGAUAUACAUAGUGUAUUUUGUAAAUAUCCAUUAACAAAUAAAUAUAUUUCGUCUU